CCAUCACCAUUCAAAAUGGCGCUGAGUCGGAGUUACCGAGUCUUCCACAAGCCAGAGGCGCCGUAUUCCGUCCUCCUGGAGGCCAGGAACAGGGAAGAAUGUCUCAUGUUCGAGUCCGGAGCCGUGGCCGUCCUCUCUAUGGAGGAGAAGGAGACGAUCAAGCCGACGUACCAGAAGCUGCUGGAUGCCUACGGCUGUCUGGGGGUGCUCAUGUUAAACAUAGGAGACCGAAUGAUGCACUACCUGGUUGUGGUGACAGGGUGCGUCUCUGUGGGUAAGCUCAACACGUCCGAAGUUUUCCGUAUCACCAACACCGCGUUCGUGUCUCUACGGAACAACCCCACGGACGAGGAGAGAAUCAUCCACGUUCGGAACCUGCUGAACUCUGGAACGUUCUAUUUCGCGUGGUCGGCGACGGACUCGGCGUUUGACCUCAGCCUGUGUUCUCAGAGGGUCCUACAGAGCCAGGAAACGGACAAUAGAUUUUUCUGGAACCGCAUGCUGCACCUGCACCUGCAGAGGUUCAACAUCGACUGCUCUGAUUGGCUACUGAAGGCCAUGUGUGGCGGGGUGGAGAUACGAACCAUCUACGUCGGGAAUAAACAGGCCAAGGCCUGCUUGUUCUCGCGCCUCAGCUGCGAGCGCGCCGGAACACGGUUCUACGUACGCGGCACCAACGACGACGGGCACGUGGCAAACUUCGUGGAAACUGAACAGGUAAUUUUUCUAGAAAACAGAGCGACAUCAUUUAUCCAGACUCGAGGGUCGGUGCCACUGUUCUGGGAGCAGCCAGGUAUCCAGGUGGGCUCUCACAAGGUGCGCAUGUCCCGUGGGUACGAGGCCUCCGCACCUGCCUUCGACAGACAUUUUGACACCUUGAAGGAGAAGUAUGGAGACCAGGUGGUCGUCAACCUGCUCGGGAACAAGGAGGGCGAAGCCAUGCUGAGCAGGCAGUUCGUGAGCCACCACAAGCUCUCUCAACACUGGCAGGACGUUCCCCAUGUGGUGUUCGACUACCAUCAGGAGUGCCGCGGGGGACGCACAGACAACCUGGUCCACAGACUCAAGCGGAAGCUGGCGGAAAGUCUCGCACGAUUCUCCUUCUUCUACUGUGAUGGCUCGGACAUCUUGAUGCAACAGUCAGGGACUGUCCGUACCAACUGCCUGGACUGUCUGGACAGAACCAACUCUGUACAAGCCUUUCUGGGCCUCGAGACGCUACCUAAGCAGCUGGAGUGCCUGGGCCUGAACAGUAAACCACAGCUGGUGUCACGGUGCAUCGAGCUGUACAAGAAUAUGUGGCAGCAGAACGGAGACCACGUCAGUAAGAUAUACGCUGGUACAGGAGCCUUAGGCCAGUCAAAGGUUGGAAAGCUAGCGGACGGCGCUCGCUCCGUAUCACGCACCAUCCAGAACAAUUUCUUUGAUGGCACAAAGCAGGAGGCGAUCGACAUCCUCCUACUGGGGAACACAUUAAACAGCGAACUGGCCGAUCGUGCUCGAGUCCUCUUGGCUACCAACAACCUCCACUCCUCUCCCAGCGUGCUGACAUCAAUGGUGGAGCGUCACGAAGACUACACCGUGCCAGAACCGCUACGUGUCUGCGUGGGGACCUGGAACGUCAACGGCGGGAAACACUUCCGGAGCAUCGCGUACAAACACCAGUCCAUGACGGACUGGCUACUAGACAACCCCAAGCUCAAGCCGGAGUGCAGCUUGGCAGACAGUAGCGGGCGGCUAGACUGGAGCGUGUCAGACGAACAUCCCGUGGACAUCUACGCCAUCGGCUUCGAGGAGAUGGUGGAACUGAACGCUGGAAACAUCGUCAUGACGGCCAGCACUGACAACCAGCGUGCGUGGGCGUUGGAGCUCCAGAAAACGAUUUCCCGCGACCACAAGUACAUCCUGGUGGCGUCGGACCAGUUGGUCGGCGUGUGUCUGUACGUCUUCAUCCGGCCACAGCUCGCGCCCUUUGUCAGAGAUGUGGCAGUGGACAUAGUAAAGACCGGCCUAGGAGGAGCAGCGGGGAACAAGGGAGCUGUGGCCAUCCGGAUGCUACUCUACGGGACGUCCAUGUGCUUCGUGUGUUCCCACUUUGCCGCUGGGCAGUCCCAAGUCAAGGAGCGCAAUGCAGACUUUAUGGAAAUUGCUAGGGGGCUCUCUUUUCCCAUGGGUCGGACUCUUGGAUCCCAUGACUACAUUUUCUGGUGUGGAGACUUUAACUACCGUAUCGACCUGACAAACGAGGAGUGCAAGGCUCUUAUAGCAGAGGAGAACUGGGGGAAACUGCAGACCUUCGACCAGCUCAACAUCACCAAGCAGCAAGGGGAGGCCUUUAAGGGCUUUCAGGAGGGUCAAACCAACUUUGCCCCCACCUAUAAGUACGACCUGUUCUCCGAUGACUACGAUACGAGUGAGAAGUGUCGCUGUCCGGCCUGGACCGACCGGGUGCUCUGGAGAAGAAGAAGAAUGCCAAGAACAAAGACAGAGGGAGAGGAGCCACCACCAGUUGAUCAUGGGACAUUGCUUCACUAUGGGAGGGCAGAAAUUAAGACCUCUGACCACAGGCCAGUGGUGGCCAUUGUAGAAGUUCAGGUGCUGAAAGUCGACGAAGCCAAACGUCAAGAAGUAUACAAGGAGGUGAUUGGCUCCCAGGGCCCCCCUGAUGGCACCGUGGUGGUGGCAAUAGCCAAUUGGGAGGCAGAAGACAACCCUUUCUACGACGAUGACCUUGUGAAUGACCUGUUGAGCCUGUUUGCGACAGUGGGGGAAGCUGUGCUGGUCAGAUUUGUGGCAGACACGGUUGUCGUGACGUUUUCUGAUGGGAAGGCAGCGCUGCAGGCUGUGGAACUGGACGGCACUGAGGUGCGUGGGCAGGUGUUACAGGUGUGGCUGGCCAGCCAGGACUGGCAGGGACACCUGGAGAGAGAGAUGAGCCUAUGCAGCAUCGCUCAGAGCCCCUCGUCUUUCUUCAAUGCUGCAGCCAACAGUCUUCUGGGGGAGGAGUUCGAAACACCCCAGAUCAGCUUCGAAAUGGAGGGUGACGUUGAUGAUCCUACAGACGUCUUUGACAACGACCUUGAGGCGGAACUUCCUGCCCCGUUAGCGCCCACCUCCCUCACCCCCUCCCCUUCUCCCACCCCUACCCCCGUCCCCCUCGACCCCUCCCCUACCCCCGAGGAUGACUCCUGGGGGGGUGGGGACGCCACCGACCGCCCCGUCGCACCCACCCGACCAGUCCGACCCCCUAUGAGACCCCCCACUGCACCAGACAGGGAACUCUUCGUCGGAGGGGAGAAGAAGAAACCCCCUUCAAGACCCCCUCCCCCAAAGAGACCCCCUCCUCCAAAAUUUAAGUCCACAGUGUCCGCAGAAGCUGUGGCCACUCAGAAACCCCCACCCCCUGUGCAAAGACCCCCUCCCCUUCAAGCGCAACCCCCUCCACCUGUUCAGAGACCUCCUCUUCCACAAGCUCAGCCUCUACAGCCUGAGAAAGUAGGCAAGAAAGAUAAAAAGAGAGAACAGCCAUGA